AUACUAUUGGAUCUUAUUUUUAGGGUUUGGACCAUAACCCCCAUUUCAAUUCAACUGUCCAGCCCAACGCCAUUCCACACCCUCUGCUCUCUCUCUCCUCCGCCUCUUGCUGUGCGUCAAUGGCGUUUCGAUAUCGGAACCUCCGACGAGUUUCGACUAUCUUGCCUCGACUCUUCUCAGGCCAACGAUGUCAACAUUGUGGAGAUGCAACUAAUAUAGCUUCUGGUUCAAUUUCAUUGGCACAUACAUUAGAAAAGUUUGAUACGAUUGGUGAAUGGAGAAGUGUGCAAGUCUCAAGGUUAUCAACUGUAGCGGAGAUAUCAAAGGAGGUUCCUCAUGAAGUGGAUCUAACUGCAUAUAUUAGGUCGACCUUUGAUCAUGUGGAAGGCCCUUCUCAUCGUUGGUUAAAUAUAUCUGCUAAAAGCACGGAGUUCUUUAACAAAGAUGGCGCCUUUCUGCUUGUUGCUGGAGGAUUUUUGGAUUAUCCUCCGGGAUCUCAAGGUGAUCGAAUUCAUAUGCUUCAAAAAGUGAAGUUACUUCAGCAGAGGUACCCAUGGCUCCAUGUUUUCGGUUUCCAGUCUUGCUCCUCAAUAUGUUCCACUGCUGAUUAUGAUCACCUUAUCAAUGUUAUCAUGGAAGAAUACAUUACUUUCCCAAUUUUAUUGUGCAAUAAGAUAUUCCCCGAGGUGGCUGCUGGGCCUUGCUGUAUGCUAUUGAAAAAUCUCAAAGAGCUCCCAUUAUAUCAUGAAAGGGACAUUGAUUUGACUAUACUAAAUGGAGUUAUCAAAGACUUGAGUGAGCUGCAUGCCAAGAACACUAAUAAUGCCAGUAAGUUGAACAGUACUUGGUCUAAACUUCGUGAGGGCUUCAAGGAACCUCGUGCUUGUUCUUCACUGAAGAAUUUGUUUCUUUAUUUUCCAGCUUGCAUUUCAGCUGAUGGUUCUCGCAGUAGAUUAUUCCUUUCUGACAGCAAUCAUCAUCGAGUAAUUGUAUCUGACUGCAACGGGAUGAUUUUGGACGUGAUCGGUUCUUCCCCAGGUUUCGAGGAUGGAGACUUUGAAACUGCCAAACUAAUGAGGCCUGCAGCUUCCUAUUAUCAUGCUUCAGAGGAUUGUCUGUACAUAGUGGACUCAGAGAAUCAUGCUAUCCGAAGAGCUGAUAUUGGCAGAAGAGUGCUAGAAACACUGUAUCCAAUCUGCAACGAUGACAAAGCGAAAAGUGGAUUGUGGUCAUGGAUCUUGGAUAAGCUGGGGCUCAGAAGAGAUGCUGGCAUGAUGUCUGUAGAUUUUGAUUCAGAAUCACUGUUAUUUCCUUGGCAUUUGUUAAAGUCCUCAGAUGAUGAUCUUUUAAUCAUGAACAAAUCUUUUAACAGUAUGUGGAUCAUGGAUACGAGUUCUGGCAUGAUCUGCAAUGUAGUCAAAGGGCAUGCAGCUAUAAUGGAGCUAUGUGGCCAGCAGAUCAUUGAAAAGGUUUCACAAUUGGAAGAUGUUUCUCCUGAUUUUCUUCAGCAGCUGGUUUAUUCUAGUUACUCAUUAGGUGGCAUCCCAUAUUCUGGGUUUGUCUCCUCAUUUGUUGCUUUGGGAGACCGUUUGCUUAUCUGUGAUACAGUUGCUCAGAGGAUUUUAAUGAUGAAUAAACAAGCUGAUUCUUCUUCAAGCUUUGAAUUCUCAAAUCUUGGAAUUCUUGCCCAGCCUUACUGGUUAUCUUUUCCUUUGGAGAGAGCUUUUACCACGGGCGAUGUUUAUGAGGAAGCUCAUAUUGAUCAUUUUCAGACUUUCACAUUGCUACCAGGAAAAAUAGCCGUGCAUUGUACCGUAGAUAUUCCUGGGACUGCAGAACUGGUAGAACCUCUGGAAGAAUCUUGUGUAUGGCGUCAAGUUAGAGGGGCUGCUAUUGAAGUAUUGGGAAUGAAUAACACUGCUGCAACUGCAGAGAAGGUUGGUGUUGCUCAGCAGUGGUAUGAUGAGUUGGAUAAUCUUGCUUUCGAAGAAGAAACAGAGGUCUCUUUGGAAGAAAAAAUAACUCCACGCAUAGACUUGGAAGAUGGCAAAAUUCACAUCAACUGUGCUGUCAAUACAAGUCCUGGAACAAGUGAGGUUUUCAUUUUGGCUCCGCUCUACCUGAAACUGCAUAGUAUUUUAAAGACUUGCAAGGACACUCAAGAAAAGGCCGCAACAAUAGCAGAGAUUUUGAAACCUGAUAUAACAGGAAAGACUACAAGAGACGCAUUUGUUCAUUCAUUAUUAAAUUUAAACAGGGAUUUGGGGGAGCUUGUGUUUGUGAAACCAUUGCGCAUAAAGUUGAGAUUUGAGAUUAUCAACCCCCAAAAUCUGAGAAUUCGAGGGACGUCAUAUUAACUGAUUCAGCAGUUGAUGUUAAUGUAUCUCUCAGCUAGUAUAUGGAGAAUAGCAAGUGAUAUCAAUGUAUCAUGUAGAAUAGUCUUAAACGCUCCAUGAUAGUUUUUUUUUGGGUUGUGAACUUGUAAUGGUUACCAAUCUUACCAUGUUCUAGAUGUAGAUAAACCAUAAGUAUUUGAGAAACCGGACUUCACUUUUUUUAUUUUUCUGUGAAAUUAGAUGAAGGCUUUAAGAUAGGCUGUCGAGUUGGUAGUUUGAUAAUUUUUAUUUUUAUUUUUUUGAAGAACGUAGUUUGAUAAUUUCAAUAAAUGUGAUCUUGUUAUUCAAGAUUAAUUUGUGA